UUGAAAAUAAAUAUUAGCAGAGGCGUCCAGAGACCCAAAGUUCGCAACGCGCCCUCCGCCGGAAUCGCUUCCCGGUCGUCACUUCAGUAUCUCCGGCAGGGGGCGGCGAGAUACGUACGAACGCGAUGGAGCGAGCGGAAGCAGCGCCGGCGACGGUGAUGCAGCCCUACGAGCUCUCCUACUCCGACCUCGUCCUCCUGUCGUCGCCUCGCCGCCGUACGCCGCCGCCUUCUUCCUCGCCGGAGGCGGAGCUCAGGCGGCUCGACACGAUCAGGGGGAGCGUGAUGGAGGCUCUCGGCCCCGGCGGCCCCGGCUUGCUGUGCGUGAGGGACGUCCCCGAGGCUCCCGCUCUCCGCCGGGAGCUCCUUCCCCUCGCUCGCCGCCUCGCUCUCCUCGAUCCCGAGCGUCGCCGGCGCGUUCUCCAGGUUCAUCAGCUGGGGACUGAUGUUCCCAUGAAGGAUCCCCAUAGGAAUGUCUCCUCUUUUGCUAUGCAAUUGAGAUACGCACAAGGUGUGGAGCUUGCUCAAAGCGAAGCAAGUAGCAACAUAAAUAGUUUAGAUUCAAAGAUGGACAAUAUUAACAUGAAUGUUACAAUGGAAUUUCAGGACAAAGAGUUUGAUCAUCUUGGGUUUGUUUUCAAGAAGCUAGGUUCCUUGAUGAUGGAACUUGGGCUGGGUCUUGCACGAAUAUGUGAUGAGGCCAUUGGUGGCCAUGAGUUAGAACAAAGCUUAGUGGAAUCGUGCUCUGCUAAGGGGCGUCUUAUUCACUACCAUUCAAGGGCAGAGAACCUUGUUCUUGAACAGGAUGGGAGAAGAUUCAGAUCCAAGCGAGGAAUUGCUAAACAAAAGAAGGUAGAUGAACAUGCUUUCUGUAAUGGAAGAGAACCACGACUAAUUCCUCAGAAGAAGACAAUUGGCGGUGAAGCCAGGUCUUGUGGGUCCAAUUCCACUCUAUGGCAGCAGUGGCAUUAUGACUAUGGCAUUUUCACUGUUCUAACAGCUCCUAUGUUUCUUUCACCUGCUCGUCCGCCAGAGCCAAAUUCCAAUCUUGAAACUUCGGCAGCCAGUGUUAAAGAGUCUCCUUGCCCGGAUGGUCUGACAUACUUGCAAAUUCUCAAUCCCAUUAGAAAUAAUGUCUUUAUGGUGAAGACAUCUCCUGAAAGUUUCAUUAUUCAAGUGGGGGAAGCAGCCGAUGUCUUGUCCAGGGGGAAGCUACGCUCAACCCUUCACUGUGUGUGCAGACCACCAAAAGUUGAUAAUGUGAGCAGAGAAACUUUUGUUGUUUUCUUGCAGCCUGUAUGGAGUAAAACUUUCUCUCUAUCUGAUUAUCCGAUGGAUCAGUUACUGUCAUACCCUGAAGUAGCUACUGAUAGCACUUGUCUUGCUGAGCAAAACAGGAUGAAACUGAUUGAUGAAAUCCAGAAAACAGUCCCUCCCCUUUUCUCACGAUUGAAAGAUGGGAUGACUUUUGCUGAAUUUUCACGGGAAACUACGAAGCAAUACUAUGGUGGCAGUGGCUUGCAGUCCAAUGGAUUGUCGGAUCUUGGAUGAUGAUCGACUGCAUAUUUCAAUAUAGCAUUUGCUUUUUCAGAUUUUCUCCCUUUCAUGUGCAUGGGGAUUUUUUUUCCUCAUAUUAUGUUACCCCUCUUGGUCGAUGCAAGUCUUUUUACUGACAUUUUCCCUUUCAAACACCUGGAAAACUAAAUAUUGUCUAAAAAACCAUCAGAGAUGAUGCUUAAAAAGUUAGCUUUUGAUCGGUUGGGAGGAUCACGCAUUCAGGACGGUAAUAUUUCCAGUGUUAAUUUCUUCUGCAAACGCUAAGUUCUCGUGAAUCUUUUGCCACUUACCGUUUAUUUUGUUCAUGAGUUGCUUGCAUCAUGAUUAGCCUUCCCUCCCAUGGACAGAGAGUUGACCGUGGAAAACUUUCUUGUUUUGAGCAAUAAUUUUUUCACUAGCUUUUUUGGGUGACUGAUACUGGACAUUAGUCAUUCAUAUCAUAGUUACGACAAAGAUUGGGAAUCAAAUUCCAGCA